GUAAUACAGAGUGUUGGUCAGAAAGUCUCGAUAGAACGAGAAGCCGCGGCUAGCCAGUGCGGGAGCUAAGCACCGCGACAAGCAUGUCGACAUUUCCCACCACUCGAUCGGUAGACGCGAACCAGUUGAUCGUGGUCUCGCCGCCGAGCUCGAAUACGCGCAGUACUGCUCCGUCUUCCUUGACACCGAACACUGAUAGUCCGGUAGGUUCGUAACUUUGCGAGGGAGCCGGCACUUCGCCUGACAUCCGCGAGUCUCUGAAUCCAUCUGACGCAAACUUUAAAGAUCAGUGUGGUCGAGUGAACCAAGCCACAGGAAAAAUCGGCAGAAUCGUUCAGAAUAAGUAUGCCCGCAAAAAAGGAACUGCAACAGGAAACCUAUGAGUUCGAUUACAAUAGGGUGCCUGAGCUGAAAUCUAACUGGGAAGCAUUCUGGACUUACAUUCACAACCCCGCCGAGGGCACUUACUGCAACCACACCGGGAAGAAAUGGGCUAUAACUGGGAUGUUUUACACUUGCUUUUUCACGGUGCUGGCACUGCUGUUCGCCAUUUGCAUGAAAGGAUUAAUGGCUUCGUUAAAUUAUGAAAAACCACGCUGGAUUCUUGAAGAAAGUCUAAUAGGAACCAAUCCAGGUCUAGGCUUUCGACCAAUCUCGAACAAUACACAUGAAAGAUCGUUAAUUUGGUACAGUUCAUCAGAUCCAGCGUCCGUGCAAAAAUGGACGGGCUUGUUAGACAAAUUUUUAGAAGAGUAUAUCAACUCGUCGGCCUUACCGAAUGGCGGUAGAAAUCAACAAAUUUGUAAUUACAAUACACCAGUGAAGCCUGGACACGUUUGCGCAGUUGAGGUGAAUAAUUGGGGACCUUGCUCGCCUAAUGAACAGUAUAGCUUCAAUAAUUCAGCUCCUUGUGUAUUCAUUAAAUUAAACAGGAUAUAUGGUUGGAUACCAGAAUAUUAUAAUAACACUGUAGACUUGCCAAAGGAUAUGCCAGCGAGUCUUGUCGAACACAUUCAGUCCGUUAACAGUUCAAUGUUGAAUACCGUGUGGGUAUCGUGCAAAGGAGAAAAUCCUUAUGAUACUGAAAAUAUUGGUGAACUGAAGUACUACCCAGAAAUUCAAGGAUUUCCAGGUUAUUAUUACCCGUAUACGAACAUUCCUGGUUAUUUAAGUCCUGUCGUUGCGGUACAUUUUCUGCGCCCAGCAAGGAACAGAAUAAUCAAUAUUGAAUGCCGAGCAUGGGCCAAAAAUAUUAUAUAUAGAUCCAAUUUUAAGGAGAAAUCUGGAAUGACACGCUUUGAACUUAUGAUCGAUGAAUGACAAUAUCUGUUUUCUUAAAAGGAAGUUCAAAACUAUCCGUUAAGUUAGCAAACAUGGUACAUGGAAAAUGUUCAAACGCUUCAAAAACUGUGUGAACUAUUUUAGUUUCAAAACUACGGUAAUAUUCACAGAAAAGAAGAAAGAAUUAGACAAACUCAAAUCUUCAACGUUUGGUGGUCUGAAAGAAAUUGACAUAAUACCUUUUGCUUUUGCUAUGUUUAUCAUGUGGUAAACACUGCAUUAAAACAUAAUAAGUAAUACUAUUGGGAUUUGUUAAUAUUAUAAAAAUAGAAAAAUAAUAAUGCUAUGUAGGGUGUUUCUAGACAAAAUUUGACCAUUCAAUUUUAUAUAAUAUAACACCUUUGUAUAACUCCAUUAACGAAAAAAAGAAAAUCUGUAUAAACAUACUGACCUGUACUUACUAUAUAUACAAAUAUUAUAUUACAGCUUUAAAAAUAUAUUAUUUCCAAUUCAGAAGUAAACAAAAUAGAGAUAAUUAAUAGUCACUAAUACUUUUUAUAUUGAAAACAUUUGAUUGAAUACAAUGAACUGGAUAAAAAUUAUUAUAAGCAGAAAAAACUAUGUGCAGAUACAAUACUACCAGUUUCUUUCAUUCUUACACUUAUGACCUACUACGAUAAAAAGUGAAACAUGUAAAGAAACACAUUACCUCAUUAUGGUUCUAAUACUGUCCAUUUAUACCAUACUAUGUACAUAAAACUUAAGAUAUACUACAACUAAUUAAGUUGUAUUUUACUCAGAGUGAGUAAAAGAAAAAACUAAACCAAUGAAUUAUAAUUUAAAUAUAUUAGUCUAUCAGUUAAUAGACUAAGUAGCAAAGUACUGAAAUGUUUUAAGAUUUCUUAUAUUUUGUGUUUGAUAAAAAGUAUAUCACAUCUGUGGUCAAACAGCAAAUUAUAAUAUAUGUACCUAUGUUUUUGUCAAAGAUAUAUGUUUUUUUAUAAGAAUGUAGAUUAAAGGAACAUCACGAAUAAGUUGAUUUAACUUACAUUAAUCAUUACAUAAGUAUUAAAACACAAAUUUUUAAGAACAUUAUGAUGUUUGAUAACUGAAUAGUCAUCAAAAUUCAUGCUUUGAUAUUCCGAAAGCUAAGUACACAUAUUACAUGUUGCCAUUUGAUUAAUAUUUUAGUACAUGCCACAAUUCAUUAUCAACCAGAAUAAUGUUACUUUCAUUAUAACAUAGUUAUAAUAUUUUAUAUUACUACUUUGCAAAUUUUAUGACACUAGUGAAAAAUAUAAAAACACAAACAAUGAUACAGCAAUUUCAUAUUGAAAUGUAGUUCUGUAAAUACAAUGUUCAUCAACAUGAAUAUUUUAAAUGUUACUGCAAUUACAACUUAAUAAUAUUAUUCGUAGUUUUAUCACUGAAAAAAGUUUUUUUUUAAAAUCAGAAUUUUUAGAGAAAAUUUUUAGAGAAAAAAGAAUAUGUCGUUUUCCUUUAUAAAAUAUGCACAUGUGAUAUAAAAACGAUAUAUUUUAAAUGAACAAAAUUGAAAUCAAAUAUGAUCGCACAAAAAUCACAGAAUAAUAUGAUAAUAUAGAAUAUAAAAGAAGGGUACAAAUGUCAGAAAUAUGUUUCGGUGUAGCUACUUACUAAAUGUAUGUACUUAUAUCGUUUAUAGUGUUUCCCAUAGAAGAGUGUUGUAAUUUAUGUCAGUAAUGAUAACAAUGUAUUCUGUUAAAUAAAUAGAACAACUUUUUGAACUGAGUAAGAUUUGAAUAACUAUUGUAUGUUUUAUUAUUACAUAUUUUGUAUCAAUCAGCAUAGAUUCAUAGUUAUUAAAAAACAUUUCUUGAAAUAAUUAAAUCUUAAAUUCAAUUAAAACAUAUUUUACUUAACCUGUAAUUCUAAUUGCGAGAAUCUUUCUUUAACCAGACUCCAUUUUAAGCUGUCAAAUUUUCAUUGAAAUUUCUCCUGGUAAAUCGAAUUUCAUAUUAAGAAAAAUUAUAAUAUUCACGUUAUGACGUAUUAACAUCAUUUCAUCUUAUUUUUUUCGUAAAUAAAUAUUUUACAAACAUAACAUAAAAGGAAGCAUAUAUAUUUCUUUACCUCCAUUGAAACCUAUAAAUGGUAUUUUGCAUGCAUAUUUGAAUUAACCGAUUAUUCAUUUUUCAUUCCGAGAUCUGGGUUAAGAUAGAUUAAUUGGAAGUCUACUAUAUUCUUUUUAAGUUUCUGUAUUUUUUCUAAAAUCAAAUUCAAUUAUUUAUUUGUAGUGACUAUGAUUUAGAACUGAAAGUAGUAUUAGUAAUAAGAAAUUGUACCUUAUGGAAUGUAAAUUCCGCAUUGUAAUUAUGUAUUACAUAUAAAGUUCCACUUAUUAAUAAUAUAACUUCAUUUAAAAUUAUUUUCUGUAUACAUAUUAAAUAUGUUAUACUAAACCAUUAACAAACUACUAUUUCACACAGGUUAGCACGAGUGAUUAAUUUCACCUAUUUAAUGAAUAAAUAAUGACAUAUUAUAUAAUAUAAUUACGUAAAAAGCUUUAAAAAUGUUUCUUCAGAAAUACGUACCUAAGAUCUUCAUCUUGCAUAGGAUGAGUAUUUUGUAUUUUAAUGUAUAAUCAUGUAUGUAUAUAAAUUCAUUGAAAUUCAAGUAUUAUAACAAAAAUUAAUAAAAAUUUGUUAUUUUUCCAUGCGUUAUUCAGAUAAAUAAAUGUUUCUAAAA